GUGAUGCUACUCUAUCCUUUAUAUGCAUCAGUAGUAGCAAUAGAGAGCACAUCAAAGUUGGAUGAUGAACAAUGGCUUGCUUAUUGGAUUCUAUACUCUUUUCUUACUCUUAUGGAGAUGCUUCUUCAACCUAUUCUACAAUGGAUACCAAUUUGGUAUGAGGUGAAAUUGGGAAUGGUGGCAUGGUUGGUUCUUCCCCAAUUCAGAGGAGCUGCUUUUAUCUAUAACAAAUUUGUGAGGGAAAAACUCAUCAAGAAAUAUGGAUCUUCAUAUAUCCUCAAGAAGGGAGAUCAUUAA